GCGGUGACCCUUGCGGCCUACGCGCCGGGCUUGCCUUUCGCAUUGGGUAGAGCACUUGUUUCGUCAAGUCUUCUUGCUCCCUAGGUAAGCAUACAAAGUCGGUCUAUAUACUCUGUUUCUCUCCACUCUCUUGUGCUCUCAUAAUCACAUUCAUCCGUUGUGCUGGAACUCACUUCUAUAUUGUCCUUGUUCUUUACCCAAGUCACUCGCUUUGUCCACUCGUUCCUCUGGCGUUGAGAAGAUGGCUGCACGAAGUAUCUCGGCCCCUACGGUCAACGAGACCAGGACCAAUGACGAUAAACGACCCAAGAGGCCGACUCUGCAAACUCCUCUCUCUGCUUCGUAUCCGUCCGAAGUCAAAAGUCCAUACCCUGGAACACCAAGUUUCAUCAAGAGAGAAGAGUACAUCAAGACACCUGUUACCCCUCCAGUGGCCUAUCUGGAUUUCCUGAAGUCAAUGCCGACUGGUCUAGCAAGUCCAAUCACCACAGGGACUAGUUCAAAGUUCCACUUCAGUGACAAGGUCCCAAGCGAGGUCAUCGAGGAAGCCGAUGAAAAGUCUCCGGAAGUCACUCCUGAGAUGGUACAACCCUUGCUUUCCCGCACCAACUCUACCAGCUCCGAGUCCUCUGCUACUUCUGUAAUGUCAAGUUCUACCGAGUCGGUGCACUCGGUGUCUAGCACAAUCCCGGAAACCAAGCGUAAGGCCAAACCACAAUCGCCUCGGGUCAUCAUCCCACCUUCGCCUUUUGCAAAGCCUCGAUCAGCCAAGCUUCCCAGGAAUAGCCAUGUACCUCCCUCUCCCAUGUCACCAGCCAACGUUCGUUCUCCCAUGAGUGCACGUACCCACUAUGAGCCUCAUAGUGCAUCUGGAUUGAGCGGCACCCCUUGGAGUGCUACGUACUCACCAACGGAAGCCGAAAGUAGCACGACUAGCAAGAUGAGUGUUCGACAAGUGGUUACAAGAACGGUGACCUACUCAAGAACCCCGCUCGAUCCGGCACCAAAGGGCAAGAGAAGAAAGAUUGAAGAGUGAGCUUGUGCUGUCGACACACUGAUAUAAUCUUGGUCAAGAACACGCUCGUUGUCGAUCGAGAAAGACCAAUACCAAGACUGGAUCGCAGGAUCGUUCCACUUGACGACGAAUACGGCUGGACAUGAAGAAACGAGCUUAGUGCAGGUCUGAAUCAGGCUUUGAGGGGCGCUAUCUGAAAUGUUGAUGGCGCUUGGGUGUAGAAAUGUUGGCGAUGUUGUAAGGGCGGGACAGAAAAUGAUCAGGAAGCUUCAUAUGGGAGGAGAGUAGUCCGCGGCUAUAACCCGUUUAUCGCUUUUAGUACAAUGGCAC